AGUGAGAGAGAGAGAGAGAGAGAGAGAGAGAGAGGAGAGAGAGGGAGGGAUAGUCGGCAAUACUUUUCUGCACUUCAACACACACAGACACACACAUACGGUGUGGGAAGAAGACAGACUUGGAGCCUCAGCAAAGCCGCUGUUGUUCACACGCUGUGCUCUUUUCCUCCCCCUGGCACCGUGCGCGCUCGCCAAGCCGCACUGUUUGGAGAUAGUCCGCGCGGAAAGUUUUUUGGAGCAUACUGUCUGGAGCCGAUUAAUUGUUGCAUCUGUUUUUUUUUUUCUCCAUUUUUUUCUUCUGUUUUCUUUUUUUUUUGCGUGCCGGACGACUUUACUGUUUUGCAUGUGAAGACUUUUAACUGGAGCUGAGGAAUUGUCAAAGUGUUUUUUUUUUGUUGCACAGAAUGGAAGGUAAAUUGACAUGUCGUUUGUGGCGAGGAUCGCCGUGUGGAUCUUUCCGCAGGUAAAACGCGCUAUGACCUGAGCGCGUGUGAGCGGCUGGAUUUAAUGUUCUUGACAACAUUUGACGUGUUUUUUGGUUUGAUAGAGUUUUAGCAAUAAUCUGGAGCAGUCGUCACUCGGACAGGGACUAUAAAAGUAGGCCGCUUUCAAUUAGAAGAGAAUCGACUAAAGUACAUGCGACGUUUCCGCCAGCUGCACUUUGGGUUGCCGUAGAUGGGUUUUAUUUGUUAAUAGUUACCGCAAAGUCACACACUGACUCGUUAAAGCAACUGAUCCGUUUUCCUCACACUGUCUUUGGACAUUUUAUACAUCUCGCUGCCUCCUUCCAGCCCUCUAAGCUGCUUGGCGCACGGAGCGCAUUCACUGAUUUCUUGGGCGUCCGUGUUCACCAAAACACCAAACCUGAAGAACUCUUAGCUUUAGCACUUCACUUCCUUCACCCCCAAACGAAGCACUUUUCCAAGAGAUCGGGAUAAAGCGACGAGACUUGUCUUCACUACAGAGCGGAAAGGGAAAUCUUAAAUCCACCUGGCCUGCACUGGGAUUAUUGGUUUGAUAUCGUCUGCAGAAAGUGGAUUAGCCUGCAACUUCUAACGGGCUGUGCUCCCUGAUCAGCGGCAGUAUGAACCUGGGGCUGGGCUGUGUGUGUCGGCCGGUUUGCUGGCCCUUUGGCAGCUUGUUGGACUCCAGACACUGUGUCUUUGCCCUCACACUCCUCACACUCCUCAUGCAGGUGGUGGUGGAGGCCAACUCGUGGUGGUCUCUGGCCAUGAAUCCUUUACUGAUCCCGGAGGCCUACAUCAUCGGUGCCCAGCCUCUGUGCAGCCAGCUGGUGGGGCUGUCGCAGGGCCAGAAGAAGCUGUGCCAGCUCUACCAGGACCACAUGCAGUACAUUGGUGAAGGUGCCAAGACAGGCAUCAGAGAGUGCCAGUACCAGUUCAGACAGCGGCGCUGGAACUGCAGCACAGUGGACAACUCUUCUGUUUUUGGACGGGUCAUGCAAAUAGGCAGCCGAGAGACGGCGUUCACGUAUGCCAUCAGCGCAGCAGGGGUGGUGAAUGCGGUGAGCCGUGCCUGCAGAGAGGGGGAGCUCUCCAGCUGUGGGUGCAGCCGUGCGGCGCGGCCCAAAGAUCUGCCACGAGACUGGCUGUGGGGCGGCUGCGGAGACAACCUCAACUACGGCUACAGGUUCUCCAAGGAGUUUGUGGAUGCACGAGAGAGGGAGAAGAGCUACCCCAAAACGUCGUAUGAGAACGCGCGGCUGUUGAUGAAUCUCCACAACAACGAGGCAGGAAGGAGGACGGUGUCUGACCUUGCCCACGUGUCCUGCAAGUGCCACGGGGUAUCAGGCUCCUGCAGCCUGAAGACCUGCUGGCUGCAGCUGGCCGACUUCCGCAAGGUGGGUGACGCACUGAAGGAGAAGUACGACAGCGCUGCCGCCAUGAAGCUCAACUCGCGUGGAAAGCUGGUGCAAAUGAACAGCAAGUUCAACGCUCCCACGAGCCACGACCUGGUGUACAUCGAGUCCAGUCCAGACUACUGCCUGAAGAACCAGAGCACGGGCUCCCUGGGCACAGUGGGGCGCCUUUGCAACAAGACGUCAGAGGGCAUGGAUGGGUGCGAGCUGAUGUGCUGCGGCCGCGGUUAUGACCAGUACAAGGCCCAGAUAGUGGAGCGCUGCCACUGCAAGUUCCACUGGUGCUGCUACGUCAAGUGCAAGCGCUGCACCAAAAUCGUAGACCAAUUCGUCUGCAAGUGAGAAGAGGAGCGUUGCCUGUGUGUGUUCGCUUGCAGACGAUGGGCGUACAUCUGUGUGUAUUCAUGAGCAGAGGAGCAAAGGAGUUGAACACAGUGAGAGAAUGGAAGAAAGAAACUAUAUAAAUUAUAUUUAUAGAGUUAAACAGUUAUGCCAUUGCAAAAAGACUGACUCUUUUUUCAAAAAAAAAAAAAAAAAUCUUAUGUCUUCAGAAACUGAGAGUAUCGUGAAAUAUUUAUUUUGAGAUUGUUAUGUUUUAUUUUGGCCCAGACAUUUUAACCCCUUCAAGUGCCUGAUAAUGGCUGGAAAUCCUCCCCCACCCCACCUGCACCAUUUCUUUUUUUCUUUUUUUUCAAAAAAACACCCCUUUUCUCGUCAGAUGGCUCACACUGAUUGCAAAAAUUGGACUGUGCUUCUCAUUUCCUAACAAGAGUAUAGAGUUUGAUAUUUGUGGCGUAGUUGACUAAAAGGUCCUGAUUUGUUGUUUAAGACUGACUGUGUUGAGAGGAGAACGCCUGUGUGCUCGAGUGUAUGGAUGUGUUUUCAUGGGCCAAGUCCCAAACCACCCUUCACAUCCUCACCAAAAGUCUGCUUGUCCCCUCUCAUCACAUGUAGGGUCAGGAACACUGUUGGUUCGUUCGAGUCCUUGGAGUACAGUGGCGACAAUAAGAGGGCUGUUUUGGGGAUUGGGCCAUUUAUUAAGCUGUCCCAGAAGCCUUAGUGUUCCCCAGGUGCUGCAGCAAGCCCUCCACCAUUAUGCACUUUGAUACAGAGGCUUAAACCUGUCUGUACGUGUCUGUUCAGCUGUUUUUUUUUUUUUUGUUACUUGUUACUACAGUGCAUCAGCAAAUAUAUCAAUAUUAUAGCCUACAUUCUUUUCCAUAUUAAUUCAGAUUAUCCAUUUAACAUUAUUCUACAAUACUUAACAUGGUUUGAAUAUAUAUGGGCAAUGUUGUGGUUACAGCGGUGAAAUAUUCCAUGCUCUGUGUAUAUAGUAUGUCUAUCCAACCAAUCAGUAAACUGUAUUUAUUUUCUUUAACCAGAUCCUCCUUUAAGCUUAAAACAGAAAAAGCAUCUCCAUCAGAGAUGAGUAUUUAGUCGGACAUUCCCAAGGUUUUGGAGUCACUUUUUAAAAUUUCGUUUUCACUAAUGCGGCUCUUCACUGAUUUUUCUUUUUUGUAAAGGGAAAAGCACCUUAUUGUUUCAAAAACACAUUCUUCUUUUGUCCUCACUCAUGUUCAGCUUUACUGUUACACACAUAUAUAUAUCACAGAUGUUCAGAUUUUUAUCAUUGCCACAAAUUUUUCCAAAACCACUCAGUUAACUGCUCACUAUCCCUGUGAUGAUUCUCAAUAGAAAAACUCUACCAAUCCAGCUAUGUAUAUUUAUAAGCUUCUCCAUGAAUUUGUUGUUAUAGUUGAUAUUUUGUUACUUUUUACAAAUUGGCUCAAUGCUCUUCUUUGUUUCAAUAAAUAUCAAAUGUAAAACCA